AUGAUUUCUCCAAGAAUUUAAGGUUCUAGUUUUACACCAAUCAAUACUUCUAAUGUUUUUACAUCAACUAUUAAUGAAGAUGGUUAAAACACUAGUUUCUCAUCUUAUCAUGUUACUCCAAGAUAGGGAGCCACUCCUAGAUAAUUAUCACGAAUUCAAGAAAAUAAUGAAUGUGAAGAUUCUAAAAUAACAGAUACUGAUCCACAAACUUAUAGAGAAGUUAUUAAAGAAUUAUCAACCUAACUUUAAAUGGCUAUAUUAGAAAAUAGAUAAUUGAAAGAUAAAAUUAAUGUUUUAGAAGAAGAACACAAUGAAAGUUUUUAAAUAGUCAAUACAUAAAAUCAAAUACUUUAAGAUAGUAAUUUUACAUUGUAAGAAAAAAUAAACAAUUUAUUUUCAGAAAUUUAAUAAAUGCAACUCUAAUUAGAAUAGAAAGAUUAAAAAUUAAAAGAAGUUAGAGAAAAUAAUUUAUUAUAAAAUCAAUCAUCUGAUAAAAUGACUCAUUUGAUGGAUGAAAAUUAAAAGUUGAUCAAAAUUAUUGAAACUUAAUAAUAAGAAAUAAAUAUCCAAAAAGAUGUUAUUAAAUAAUUUGAAAAAGCUUUAUAAGAUGCUAAAGGAAAAGUAGAAUAAGAUGUUACUGAAAAGUUAAAUCUUAAAUGUAAGGAAAUUGAUCAAUUUAAACAUGAAAUUGAAGGAUUGCAUUAAUAAUAAUAAUAAUACAAAGAAUAAAUUAUGCUCUGGAGUUAAAGAUAUUAAUCUCUAGAUCAAAAUUACUAAAUAUAAUACUAAGAUUUAUUUUAAAAAUUUAAUAUUAGUUAAAAUCAACUGGCUGAACUAUAAAAUAUUUAUUAAACUUACACAGAUAAUUCAUAAAGAAAAAUAUAAUAAUUAGUAUAAGAAUUAGACAAUGCAAAAGUGGGUACUUUAAAAAAACAGCAGACACUAAAAUAGAAAGCUUUAGAAGAUAGAAUUGAUGAAUUAGAAGAAUAAUUAUAGAUUAAAAAAAAUUAAAUCUUAAAGCUUAAGGAAGAAUUAAUGGAAUAUUAGAACAUUUAAAAAUUGACAAAAUAAUAAAGAGAUACAGAUAUUAUUGCAGAUAAACGAGGUAUGAAUAUUAUUAAUUGAUAAGUUGUAGUUGAGGAUUAGAUAUAAGAGAAGUAUGAAUAGAGAAUACGUUAAUUAGAAGAUAAGCUUGUUUAAUAGGAAUAAUAAAUUUUGAUAACUUAAUAAUAACAAUAAUAAUAAUCAUUAUUAUAAUAAUAAUAAUCAUAAUAUUCAAGUCUACCUUAAUAAUAAUCAAUAGUUUUAGCAUAAUAAUAAUAAUAAUAAUAAUUAUAUGAACACAAUUAUUAUGCAAGAACAAAUGAAAAUAAAAAGUUAUAAUUAUUUUCUGAAAGAAAAGAUAACUUAAGAAUGUAUUAUAGUUUUGCCAAAGAAAAUUAAUAGAUUGAAAAUAAAUAUCCAAGAACUGCUUUAAAUUAUGGAAAUAAUUAUUGA